AUGAGCUCUUACUUUGUUAACUCGUUUUCAGGGCGCUAUCCGAAUGGCUCCGACUAUCAGUUAUUAAAUUAUGGGACUAACGGCGCUGUGAACGGUACGUUUAGGGAUUCUGGCACCAUGAACUCCGGGUCUUUCGGCUGCAACUACAAUGGCAUGGACCUAACCGUAAAUCGCACCAACACUGGUAGCCACUUCGGGGCUGUUGGGGAUGAUACCCGUGGUUUCCCGUCCACGGGCACGGACGCCCGGUACAGACAGCCGACCUGCUCGCUCUCGUCUCCACAUCCACACCCCCUGCCUUGCGCCACCCCCGAGUCUUUGGAAAUAAAAAGCCCCUCUCCUCCAUCUGACCGGACCACGACCUCGGGCGGCAAUAAUAAUCUCAACAAAGGCAACAACAGUCAUUUCACAGAGAUAGAGGAUACCGCCGUUGUCUCUGAGUCCGAGGAAGGCGCACACACAAGCAGUUCCAGCAGCACGGCUGCCCGGGCGCAACAACCACAGCAGGAGUCCAACGCAACCUCCACGACGUCAAACGAUUGCCAAACGCCACAAAUAUUCCCUUGGAUGCGGAAACUGCACAUUAACCACGAAAUGGCUGGACCAGAUGGGAAAAGGGCCCGAACAGCGUACACCCGCUACCAGACGCUAGAACUGGAGAAAGAAUUUCACUUCAAUAGAUACCUAACCCGGAGGAGGAGAAUAGAGAUAGCCCACACUUUGUGCCUCACGGAACGACAAAUAAAAAUAUGGUUCCAGAAUCGAAGGAUGAAAUGGAAGAAGGACAAUAAACUGAAAAGUAUGAGUCUGGUUACAGGAGGCAGCGCGUUCCACAACUGA